AUGUAUCUACCAUUCAUCAAGACAGUCCUCUUCAGCCUCAUAACCAUCUCCCACGCCCGUGAUCCCAAAGGCCAUGAGUACCACCCAGCACUCCCAACCGAUAGCCGAUCCCCUUGCCCAGGCCUAAAUGCCCUAGCAAACCACGCCUACCUCCCACGCUCGGGAAAAAACAUCGACCUAGCGACACUCCGUAACGCCGUCCACGACGCCUACAACUACAUCCCGACCUCUUUCGACGGCGCCUUCGCACAAGCCGUCUCCUUCAACCUCACAACAACAGGCAAUGCCUCAACCUUCCACCUCUUCGACCUGGCCCGACACGACGACAUCGAAUUCGACGGCUCCCUCUCCAGAAACGACAUCUACUUCGGCGACGACGUCCACUUCGACAUCAACGUCUGGACACCUGUAGCACAUAAUCUGAAUCUCUACGACACCCUCGGCCCUGAAAAUAACCAAUAUGUCACUGUUGAGACUGCGGCUAGGGCGCGCGCUGCCCGCGUGAAAGAGGCACAGAGGGUUAAUCCCUCUUUCAAUGCUUCUGCUAACCAGAUAAUGGGAAGUCCUGGGACGACGGCCCUGUAUCUGACGACGCUGUGGGAUGAUAAUGUGAGUGCUGCGCCGAAAGCGUGGGUUCGGGCGUUUUUCGAGGAAGAACGCAUUCCCUUCCUCGAGGGGUUCGGGCAUUCCGUGAUCCCAAGGACUGAGGCGAACUUCACGGAAAUGACGAAACGGGUGCUGGCAGUGGAUGUUUAG